AAUAUAAUAAAAAAAGAAUAAAAAUUAUAUUAACACAUUCAUAAUAUAAAAAAUGAAAUUUUUGGCUUUUGGAUUGAUUUAUUUUCAUUUUUGUAUAUUGAACAGGUGUGAGUAUAUUACUUCUAGCACCAUCCAAAAAUGUUAUAAUUCUUCAAAUGAACCAAAUAACUGCUCCUAAAAAGCUGUUAUCGUCCUAUCUUUAGAGAAUGGAUAAAUAGCAAAUACAGAACAAGUAGUGGCCACUCUUAAUCAGUUAUCUGAUAGUGGAGUAAAUAAAUAACUACAAAAUAGUUUUAUUUUUGAGGUUACUAAAUCUCCAGUGACUGCUCUAUUUCCUCUUAUUUACUUAUAAGAUUUCAAUAGCUAACCAUUAGAGUAAGUGAUCGCUACCACGCUAUUUUCAUGCAAGGAUGGCUUUUAUGAUAGUAGUCCAACUUGUAAAUUUUAGUAUGACUCUAAAGGCUAAAAGAUUUUGGACAGCUAAGGUUAUUGCUGCUAUUGCUCUCUAUCAGAUAUAUUAGGCAUGGGUAAUGAUCUAUCAAGAGGUAAAGUGUGCUAUGCUCUAAAUCUUGGUGCAGGAUCAGCAACAGCUCACUGCCUAAAAUUCAGUCCUCUUUGGUAUUCUGCUUUUAAAAUAUAGCAAUAUUAGCUCUACUUUGAAGUUAAUAUAAAUAUUUACACAGUUGAUAGUCAAAACUAAAAAAAUUUAAAACAAACUCUCAAACUUAGUACAUCAAAUCCUACAAUGAAAUCCUCUGAUAAUUCAACUAUAAGCAAAAUUAUAGGAACAUUCACUCCAACAUAACCUCCAGCUGAUCUAAGUAGUUAUUACCUUGUUAAACCAAGUUUUCCAGCUACAGAUCCAAGAGUUCUUUAAGGGAUAAGUUCUUGGAUGUUUGUUGACAAAACCAUGUUUACGCUGGAUGGUACUUAGUGCAACAAAAUUGGAGUCAGCUACUCUGGUUUUAGAUAAUAAUCCUCUAGCUGCUCAUAGCCAGUAGGUUCUUGCCUUUAAAAUCAAUUAGAGAACUUAUAUUAAAGUGAUCUCAUUCUUUUAUCAUAAAAUAAAUAACCUAAAUAUUUAUUGGAAUCACAAGGGAAUUUUAACUAAGUGUAAUUUCAAGGUUAGACAAUCUUAUAAUAAGGGUUAAGUGGAUCUGCUAGCACAUUAAUAACCAUAGAAAUAGAUGCAGCUUAAAUAAAAUUUGUAACUAAUUUAGGAAUAGGCUGCAUUUCUCAAUGUAGUAUUAAUAACUUCGAAAGUCAUUCAGGUAAUGGUAAACUAGUAGCUUUGGUUUAAAAUUAAGGUAAUUAUAGUGCUGAAUUUGUAUUAGGCUUUAAUUGUAGUUCGAAUGUCUAGCCUAUUUAAGGAUAAAAGCUUUUUCUAACUGCAAAUCAGCUAUAUAAUUUUAAUUGCUCAGUUUCAGUAAAUAGUGAUAUAAGUGCUAUAAAUAACAAUUGUACUAUAAAUUUAUAUGAUGCAAUAGGAAAUUAGCUUGACUCUAAAAACAUACUAUUCAACACAACAAGCACCAAUCAUACAAGUAAUUAAGGAAAUAACACAGGCUAGUAAUAAUCAAGCUAAGAAUAUAAGUCAUCCUAAUCCUGCAGUGAUAAAUGUUCCAGUUUUUGGAGUUUUUGGUGCUAUUUUUCUGCAGGAUGCAUUAAAGAGGCAUUUAAAUCUAUUGCUUCAAUUGCAGGAGUAGCAAGUGCUCUAGCUCUGGUAAUUUUUUUGGCAAAAAAUGGGUAUUUAGUCCCUAUUAUUCGGUUUCUUUGCUGUUGCUGUUGCAAAUCUAAGAAAAAGGAAAAUGAAAAAAAUAAAGACAAAACAGAUAAAAAAUCAAUUUAAGAAAGUUGCAGUUAUGAUAGAUCGUGCUGCUCACAUUCAAUAUCAUAGUCAUAUUAGGUUGAAAACAAAAAUAAAUAUAAAAGAUCUAAAAUAUAAAGAAGUUUUUCAAGUGAAUCUUGUCAGGAUAAAUCAAAGAAAAUAAUAAAUGAAUUAUCAAACUUAGAAGAAACUUUCGAAGCCAAUAAAUUAUAUGCAAAUAUAGACAAAAACUCAUCAAUAUUUGAAUAUUUCGGUUUUAAAAAAUCAUUUACAUUUAUUUUAUAUGAAAGAAAUGAUAUUCUUUUCUUGCCUUAGAAUAGCACAAUCUUAGAUAUGAUAGGAGCCUUAUAGCCAUAAAAAGGGUCAUAUUUAGCUCAAAAAUUUUUAGAAAUAGUUAAUAAAAACGCUCUAAAAGUUGUUUCAACAUCUCCUCUCUAUCUACUAAUUGAAUGAAUGAAAAAUAUUUAUUUAUAAUUUUUAAUAUUUUUGUAUAAAAUCAUUAACAUUUGAGACUCUUUUAUAAUUUAUAAUUCACAUAAAUUAACUUGUUAAAAGAUUUAUUUUCUAAAAGAUUUAAUUUCUGAAAUAUUACUUUAUUUAUGCUUAACUUGCUUUAAUGUCUUAACCUUAUUCGGGGUUUAAUAGGUAUAGUAUUAGCUUACUUUAAGCUCAACUUAAUUUUAAAUAAUUUAAUUAUUUUAAAUUCUCAAUUUUCAUGAUUCUAUCAAUCGAUCACUCGCUAUU